GUCAAUCACUGGAACUUGAGGCCGAAUAAGAGCCACAACCUGAGCACCAUUCCCGUACCCGCUCCGGUGGUCCUCCAUAUCGGCCGUUUGGUGCAGUUGGAAGCGGUGCGGCCGGUCCGGAAGCAAGCAGUAUGCAUUUGGACUGCAGGCUGCUAUGGAAGGAGCGGUAAUGGUGGGCAGGGGGCCGACAGGGGCCGGGGUUCUGGUCCUGUCGAUCCUCGUCAUCACCCUCACCACGGAAGGCUGCAGGGCACAGAAAGGUGAUGGCUGUGGCCCCACCGUGUUGGGCCCCAGCAGCGGCACCCUGUCCUCAAUGGGUUAUCCGGCGACGUACCCCAACAACACGGUGUGCGAGUGGGAGAUCAGCGUACCUCCAGGCAAGAGGGUCCACUUUUGCUUCGCCCAGCUGGACAUUGAGGACCGCGACUGCCAGGUCAACUACCUCCGCCUGUACAACGGCAUCGGACCUGACAGGAGAGAGAUCGCGAAAUAUUGCGGCUUGAACCUGAAGGUGGACGAGCUCAUCGAGUCGACCGGCAACCAGGUCACCGUUCAGUUCAUGAGCGGGACGCAUCACACUGGACGCGGCUUCUACCUGUCCUACGCCACCACCGAGCACACAGAUCUCAUCACCUGCCUGCACAAAGGUAGCGAUUUCCACCAGGCUGAGUUUAGCAAAUACUGCCCGGCCGGAUGCUUGACGUCUACAGAGGAGAUUUCCGGAACGAUACCAAAUGGAUACAGAGAGUCGUCCCCUCUGUGUGUGGCUGCCGUCCACGCGGGUGUGGUGUCCAACGCAGUGGGCGGGAGGAUCAACGUGGUGAGCAGCAAGGGCAUCCCGCUGUACGAGGGCACACUGGCUAACAACGUCACGUCCACUGGAGGACUCCUGUCCAACAGUCUCUUCACCUUCAGGACCAACGGCUGCUAUGGAACUUUGGGGUUAGAAUCCGGCGGCGUGGCGGACAUUCAGAUCUCCGCCUCGUCCGUGUGGGAGUGGAACAACAUGGCCGGCCAGCGCAGCGUGUGGGCAGCGUCGGGGGCGCGCCUAAAAAAGGCGGGGCUGCCUUGGGCGCCGUCACGCUGUGACCCACAGCAAUGGCUGCAGGUGGACCUGAAGAGACAGAAGAGGAUCACUGGCAUCACCACCACAGGCUCCACGCUGAGGGAGUACCAGUACUACGUUUCGGCGUACCGCGUCCUCUACAGUCAGGACGGCCAGCAGUGGCUGUGCUACAAGGAGGCCAACGCCACACAAGACACGGUGUUCCAAGGUAACAUUAAUUACCUGCACGAGGUGAGGAACAACUUCAUCCCCCCCAUGGAGGCGCGCUACGUGAGGAUCAAUCCAACACUGUGGCACCAGAGAAUCGCCAUCAAGGUGGAGCUGCUCGGAUGCCAAGUGAACACAGGCAGGAGGGCGAUGGAGCCCAGGAUGUUCCCGCCUCCUCGUCUCUACCCCCCUCGCCCGGCGUCCACAAAACGUCCACGCGUGCUCGGCAAGACCUCGCCACCUGUGGACAUCAGAAACACGACCGUGCCCCCUCACGCCAACAAAGACGUGGCCCUGGCUGCCAUCUUGGUGCCCGCCUUGGUCAUGGUGGUGACGGCGCUCGUUCUGCUGGUGGUCUGCGCUCGGUACUGGAGGAGUCGGAAGAAAAGCUCCGAAGGAACGUAUGAUCUUCCUCACUGGAACCGCACUGACUGGUGGAAAAGUAUGAAGCAGCUGCUGCCGUCCAAGAUGGUGGAUGCGGACGAAUCGGUGCGAUACAGCAGCAGCGAGGUGGGCCGGAUAACGGCCAGAGGCACGGCUUUACACGCUGAACCUGCAGAGUACGCCCAGCCCCUGGUGAGCGGCGUGACAACAUUGGGCGCGCGGUCCACCUUCAAACCCGACGAGGGUCCCGACCUCUACGACGCCCCCAUCUCGCCGGACGUGUACCACGCCUACGCCGAGCCUCUCCCAGCCACGGGGGCGGAGUACGCCACGCCCAUCGUGGUGGACAUGGGGUGCCACCCGUCUGGGGUGCAGCCCUCUUCAGGGGGCGGGUUCGCCACCCAGCUGCCGGCACAGACGGACAGCUGCCGCUCGGAGCGAUCCGCGUACGACACGCCCAAAAACGGCGGGGACCUGACCUAUCAGGUGCCCCAGGGGGCGGAGCUAAAGAGAGGGGGGCGCUGACAAACACUACGCGACCUCCCUGCCGCGUGGAUCCGCUUCAGCCGAGGCGCUCACUCCAGUCGGAUCACUGAAACCACAGAUGAAUGUUUGGGCCUCACUUGGACGUGGAGGCAGGAGGUUGCCAAAACGAGCGUGAAAACUACUGCUUGACUUUUUUUGACCCCACCUGUGAUUCUGUAAAGCUGUGAUUUUUGUUUUGUUUCUGUUACAAACUUAAAUGUGAUCGAACAAUUGCAACACGCACGUCUUCCUUAGCUCCUAUUCCACGGUACGCAUCGUCUUAACUUGAAAUUGUGUGCAGUUCUUGUCCUUCCAUCGCUGCAAACCUUGCAAAAGAUUCCCACGCUAUUUAUUUUUCAAUUCACAUCCUGCUGAUGAGGAGACGCCUUCAGGAGGCUCCGCCCCCACCCAGCCUGCAGACCAAAUGUUGCCUUUCUUUCCCCCCAGAAUGAACAUUUUCAAGUCUUAAUGUGAGAAAUAAAGCAAGGUUGUUUUUUUUAAAUUAAAGACUGAGGAAUGUUGUCGUAAAAAAAAAGGUACUGUGCUAAAAUCACUUGUUUGUGUUGUGGGAGUGGUUUGUCUUGUUGGACUAUGUCAUGUCUUGUCUUGUCUGGCGCGCCAAUUAAAGAGACGUUGUCACUUUUGA